UUUCAGCUAUUAUUUCCAAUGAAAAUUUCGUGUUUUAUAUCGUUUCGAUUUUGAAUUAUAGCGCUAAUAAACAACAGCAACGAAUAAUAACACAAAUCAAGCAUUUAUAUGAUUUCAUUUAAAAACGAACUAGAAGAUAUGUAAAAAAUUGUGUUGAACUUGGACUGUAUUCGCAAACGCUACUGAUUCUAUUUCACAUAUCAGCAAUUGAGUUUCUGCAAAAAUGGCAUCGAAACGCAUUGCGCUUUUGAGUGUAUCCGACAAAACUGGUCUGGUAGAUUUGGGUCAGAAUCUGGCAGCGCUUGGUUUUCGUCUGGUAGCUAGUGGUGGCACAGCUACUGCUUUGCGUAAUGUUGGGCUCACCGUUGAUGAUGUUUCCGACAUAACUGGCGCUCCGGAAAUGUUGGGUGGUCGCGUGAAAACUCUGCAUCCAGCCGUGCAUGCUGGUAUAUUGUCACGCACCACAGAAAGCGAUCUUGCCGAUAUGAAAAAGCAAAGCUUCGAUUUGGUCAACUUGGUUGUGUGCAAUCUGUAUCCCUUUGUAAAUACGGUAGCUAAACCUGAUGUAACUUUAGCUGAUGCUGUGGAGAAUAUUGAUAUUGGUGGUGUUACCUUGUUGCGUGCAGCAGCUAAAAAUCAUGCGCGUGUCACGGUUAUCUGUGAGGCGAGCGAUUAUGCUAAGGUACUCGGUGAAAUCAAGCAGCAUGGCGAUACCACCUUGGAUACCAGAAAAUUUUUGGCGCUCAAAGCCUUCACUCAUACUGCUACCUAUGAUGAUGCUAUUUCUGACUACUUCCGCAAGCAGUACUCUUCAGGCGUGUCGCAACUCAACUUGCGUUAUGGCAUGAACCCACAUCAGAAGCCAGCACAACUCUUCACACAACUCGGUUCGCUUCCUCUCAAGGUAGUCAACGCUUCACCAGGAUUUAUAAAUUUGUGUGAUGCCCUCAACGGCUGGCAAUUGGUGCGCGAACUGAAACGCGCGCUAAAUUUGCCUGCGGCCACUAGUUUCAAGCACGUUUCGCCAGCCGGUGCUGCUGUAGGUACACCCUUGAGUCGCGACCAAGCUAAACUGUGCAUGGUGGAUGAUCUGUAUGACAGCUUGACGCCGUUGGCCACUGCCUAUGCACGUGCACGUGGCGCCGAUCGCAUGUCGUCAUUUGGUGAUUUUGUUGCGCUUUCGGACGUUUGUGAUGUGGUGACUGCAAAAAUAAUUUCACGUGAGGUAUCAGACGGUAUUAUUGCACCUGGUUACGAGCCUGCUGCAUUGGAGAUUUUAAAGAAGAAAAAGAAUGGCUCCUACUGCAUUUUGCAAAUGGAUCCCGGCUAUGAGCCUAGCGCGAUUGAACGCAAAACCAUUUUCGGUUUGACCUUAGAACAGAAACGUAAUGACGCCGUUAUUGAUGCCUCAUUAUUUUCCAAUGUGGUUACCAAGAACAAUACAUUGCCCGAGAAUGCGAUACGCGAUUUAAUUGUGGCCACAAUAGCGCUUAAGUUCACUCAAAGUAAUUCCGUUUGUUACGCACGCGAUGGUCAGGUGAUUGGCAUUGGUGCAGGUCAACAAUCGCGUAUACAUUGCACGCGAUUGGCUGGCGAAAAGGCUGACAAUUGGUGGUUGCGUCAGCAUCCCCGUGUUGCUGGCAUGAAAUUCAAGGCAGGCGUUAAGCGUGCGGAAAUUUCGAAUGCCAUCGACAACUAUGUGAACGGCACAGUCGGCAAAGAUAUGCCGUUUAGUCAGUUCGAAGCAAUGUUCGAGGAGGUGCCACAACAAUUAACAGCUCAGGAGAAGGUUGAUUGGCUUAAGCAAUUGGAUGGUGUAUCCCUGGGUUCGGAUGCUUUCUUCCCAUUCCGUGAUAAUAUCGAUCGCGCUAGAUUGAGCGGCGUGUCUUAUAUCGGCAGUCCGGCUGGUUCUACUAAUGACGCAGGCGUUAUUGAGGCCUGCAAUGAACACGGUAUCGUGCUGGCCCAUACGAACUUGCGCCUAUUCCAUCAUUGAUUAAAAUUUUAUAUAGAUUAUUUAGUAAGCAAAAAAUGUUACACAUUCAUAUACAAACAAUAUAAGUGCCAAUAAGCAAUGGAAUUAAC